AUGAUUGUUGAUGGCUGUUUCCUGCUGAAAAUUUUCCGGGCAGCCAUUCAAACUCCGGCCGAUUACGACGCUGAGGAUCCGAUUUUCGGCAAUCACGGGAAGCUCCAUAUCAUGCCGUUUAUCAAGCGGGACAUGUUGGUUUUGGGGGAAGUGACCGACUGUUUUGGGGAAGUUUGCAGUCUUACAACGCCAAAUACUGUGGUGGCUCUGCCACUUUCCACCAAUUCACGGUGGAUCGUGGAUGAAUCCGGGCAACGCGUGAAGCUCGCCUGCGUGAAUUGGGUGUCACACCUCGAAGCCAUGGUGGCCGAAGGCCUUAGCAAACAGCCGGUCGACUCGAUUUCGAAGAAGAUUGUGGACAUGGGAUUCAAUUGUGUUAGGCUCACUUGGCCACUUUUCUUGUUCACCAAUGACUCCUUGGCUUCUCUCACAGUUAGGCAGUCAUUCCAGAGCCUUGGGUUGAUUGAAUCCGUUGCAGGUUUUCAAGCCAACAAUCCCUCCAUCGUUGACCUUAGCCUCGUCAAUGCUUACCAGGUAAAACUGUUUCUUUUCCUGUUAAGAGUUUGA